UACUUUAUACGUGUCUCUAUUUGCCUGAACUUGUCAAUAUGAGCACCCUUGAUCAGCAGAACUCUAUUCUUAAGAUUUGCUCUGAAAAAUAUAGACAAAACAAAAAAAAAUAUGAAGAAGAAAUAUUUCCAAUUCUCUUAAAACUAGCCGAGCUGGGGUCAUAUCCAGAAGCCGAAUAUUUUUUGAGUCUCUUGUGUAUUAAUAAACAAGGAAUUGCAAAAGGAGAAAAUGCGCAAAAUUUAGAAUACGUUAAACAUUCUAAUAAAUGGUUGCAACAGGCUGCUGAAAAAGAACAUGCUGAAGCAAAGGAAUUGUAUUAUAAAAUUAAAGAUUAA